GACCGUUCUUUUUGUAAGUAGCAACACGUGUGGAGGUAUACGUCCAUCUAUCCAUAUUCACAAACUUCAGUGUGUUCUGAGAACUGUUUUUUUUUUCUCCUGGAGGCUAUCGCCACACACUCUAAACACCAACACAACGGAACGGCAGCACAGUUUGCAACUUUUUUUUUCGUCGGGUUGCUUACAAGUACAUUAUAGCUCGGGUGUUGCACACUGAAGGGUGAAGCGAGACGUGCGGAAGAUCUGUUGCCUUUCCCACCGCUACUCUGCACCGCACGGUAACGCAGCUCUAAAGGUUCUUAUUAGUUGCGAGCAGCCCGUUUCAUAGCACAUCCUUGCGGUUUUUAUUUAUUUAUUUCGUUUCUUCUUCUCUGCGUGCCAAGGACGGAAGGUUUUGUCACGACCGUCUAACCAUAAUGAUACAUAGGGAGGAGAGGCGCACCCCAGAAGAAAUCUCCCAGUUGUCAUAAUCCACAUAUAUAUCUGAAAAGACGCCGACUCUCUCUUUCUCUUUUCGUUUGUACUUCUCGCGCGCCGCCCUUCGGAGGGAUCUGUCUUCGCGUUGUUGUGUAGUGUGCGUACACACUAAGUAAAAAGCGAAACGAAAGUUUUAAAAAGGAGAAACACCUCACAUAAAAAGGAUAAUUGUCUUCCACAACAACGGACUCAAUAAAUACCUUGAGAAUGGACUUUUCAACCUCAUCACGCCAAUGGAGCGCGAAACCAAGUACGCUUGCCAAAAUCCCCUCCAUCCCUGUGAUGGCUAUCAAUAAUGUGGGUGACAGUGGCUCUAGCUCUCUCAACGGCAGCCGGACCGGCGCUGUGGCGUCGGCGCAGAAUCCACACCCACACCGCUAUGACAGCUCGAACGGAUUCACAUCCACGUCAGAUGACGGUCGUGGCUCCUCCGAGUGCGUCCGCAGUGCGUCCUCGGUGCGCUACCACGAAAACUCAGACAGCUGCAGCUGCCCCAUGUGCAAGCUGACACUGUACAUCUCGUACAUGUACCGCGACCAACGCCGUGCUUCCCCGCACGUGAUGCUCGCACGGCCUUCGCCCGACUACGCCAUGGUCCCAGAUGGUUCCCUGCCGCCGCUGCCGGUCCUGCAGAAACCGAGCGGAGUGGAGGUGUGCCCGGUGUACGCGUCCUACGGCUUCUGCCCUCUCCACAAAGGCUGCUUUCUGCCACACGACGGGGCCAACUGCGCCUCUCCACGCGUGCUGCGAUUGGGGUCUGCGGACGCGGAGGUGCAGCGACUCGUGCGCCGCGGCAUGGAGUUGCAGUGCACUGACGUAUGGACGUGUGAUGUGUGCGGCUACAGCGAAAUUGACGAGUUUGCCGAAAUGCCGCUGGGGACCGAACACGCCUUCCGCCAGUGCCCCCGCUGCACCUUCAUGUGCUACUUCCCGUACAUCACGUACCUCGUCGAAGAUAUCCUCGCCAGCGUCGGGGAUGACUAUCAGCUAUACAAGUCAGAGAUCGACCGCUAUCGUGCGCAGCUGCCGGACCUGUUUAAGAUUCCCUUGUCCUACGAGGCCCACCGCGUGGCGAACGUGCUGUUUGCGUGGAGUCUCGUGUCUCCGGCGCACGCGCGGGAUGCCAUGAACACCGUCGUUCGCGAGUUCCCUGAGGUCGAGGCGAUUGUGAGCAUCGGCAGCGGCGCCGGCUACGUGGAGCACAUCUUCAAUCGGGUGAUGCACCACGUUCCCCUGCGCGAGGAGUGGGAGGUGGACCGCCGCCGGUUCCCCAUCACCGCGUUUGACAACGUUCGGUGCGACUUCUACGGGAAGCGGGUCAUCCCAAUUUUUGCGUUUGACGCGUUGGCGCUGCAGGGCACCUACAGCGUACACGUCUCGAUGGGCGGGCCGGUAGCUCUCUACUCGCUCAACUGCAAGAAGUCCGCGCUGCUGCUCUGCUGGCCGCCGUUUGGUUCUCGCGAGCGGGAGGAGAGCUCGAUGGGCUUUGAGGCGUUGGAGUACUUUACCCGGCAAGGUGGCACGACGUUCAUCUACGUUGGAGACACCGCGGCAACAGGGGACUGGCGCUUCCAUAUGCUCCUCAAGUCCCACUACAAGCUCGUGCGAGCCUACCCGGUGCGGCGGGAGUUGCGGCGUUGGUGUCCGCAGGAGAUGGGUUUCGUGUACGGCGGGAACGACUCGAUCGGCGUGUACCGCCUUCGCGAUGUGCCGUUGCUCACCACGUACUAG